ACAUUAUGAUUACCAAGACUCUAUGCCAAAAAUAAAUCAUCUAGCUCACUUUCGUCAUGGGCCUGAAGUUUGAAGGCCCGUGUUGGAAUAUGGAAUAACAAUAUGUAGAGAAUUAGGAACGGAAUAUGCCGAGGUCCAAAGAGUCGUUGAACUUUCUUCUGGUGUCAUCUCUUCUCCAUGUAGCAUCCAAAGUCUUGAUCAAGACGGUGCAGUCAGUCACCUCUCGUCUGAAUACCACCUUGCAGCAGCUCCUCGCUCUCCAUCGUCAUAGUUUCUUCCAUUCCUGGAAAAAUAAGAGAUGUUGUCAAUGUGAGCAGUCAUUCGAGAACCCUGUGUCAGUUUUGUCCUCAGGAGAAUGGAAUCGUAUGUUCCAGAAGACCGCAGAAGAAUGCGAGCGUGCAUCGCAAGUAGAAUGCAGUUGCUGCUAUCAGGCUAGAGACAACAUAGACACAGAUUCCUUUACCAUUACCAUCUCAAGUUGUAUUUUAGAAAACUCAGCGGUUAUGGAGGAAAAUGAACUUACAGACGUCCAACAGAUACGAUAUGUUAACGAGAAACUUGCACAGAACAGAGAUGAUGCGACACUAACAGAAGAUAUGUUCACCUCUUUGUCCAAUGACCUCAACAAAGCUCUCCACGACAUGAGUAAACAACAUGGAGACGAAUAUUACAAUGACAUCGUAGAGACUAUUCAAAAACUGGAUCACAGUGAUCCCAAUGACGAGGAAACAAGAAAGAUCCUGGAAAGAUUUGAAAGAGAUAAUCAGGUCCCUACAAAAACAGAAGAAGAGAAAGAGAAAGCAUUUACAUUAGAGUACCAGAGGGUUGAUUCUAUGAGGUCAGACAUCUCCGUGUGUGGCUCUGAUGAGGAAUUAUCAAGCUGUGAGAAGUUUGGUGAUCAAGACCAAGUGGUGCUGGCUGAGAGUCAGAUCCUCAAAAUUACAGAAAGCAACUCUGUAGACUCGGAGGAUAGCUAUUUCGACGAUGAAGAAGAUGAAGAAAAUGAAUACGGGAACCUACUAAAGAGAAUGAAAGAGAAAUUCAACUAUCUAAGUGAAAAAUGUCAAGCUGUAGGAAGCGAACUUACAAAUGUCCGUCAACGAAUGACAAACUCUUGGUCAAUUCCAGAAACCAAAGCACAACCAGAGGAAGUUUUGCGACAAGAGUUGAGAGAAAUUGAGAUGAUGAGAAAAUUCAUCGACAACGAUUUAGAUGAUGUUCGCACAGUAUAUCUACCGUAUGAAGAUUUCCAUUCUACCAGCAGUCCUGGAGCAUUUUUGGAUGAUCCAUACAAAAAUCUAAUGCCAACCUAUUCCGGUCAGAAGAGAGUUGCACGUCCACCUCGUCCAACAUUUGAGUCUUACACUCGCAUACAAAGUAUCAAUAAACAACUAUCACAGAGUCUUUCGUCAAUCAGCAACACGUUCCAGAAAAAUCUUCGUGUGGCGAACACCCUGAGACUGGACCCUAUUCCCCGGAAGUAUGACCAGGGAAUCUUGGAAACACCAUCUGCUGGUGAUGUCAAUCCAAAACCCAGUUCUCUGGUGAGUUCCAUUUCCCGUUAUGGAAAUGAAGUUGAACCAUCUAUGCAGAAAGACUUUGAUCCUGUAGGAAGGACAGUCAACACUGCACCAGUGAUGUUUAAGAUAGACUACUCCAAAUAUGAGAAAUGCAUAAAGGAUUCAGAGAAAGUUCUGGAUUAUUCCCCAGAAAUAGGAAAAGAUGUUGGAAGUAUUCUUUGUGAAAGACAGCAUGGACAUUUCCUUAGCAUGUAUGAACAGCAAUCAAAUGAUCUCGCGAGAAAAUGUGAAAAUCUGAGGCAAGAUAUUCAACAGCUGAAGUCCAGAUUCGACAGCUGUGAACAGUUACUGUCUGAAAACUUACAUCAAAUCAUGCCAAAGAACUGUGUGAAAGAGGACAUGUUGGACGGUGAAGGGAAAUACAUUCCUGUGAAAACAUCGUCAUCAGAGAGAACCAUGUCGCCUAUUCCAAGGAUGAAAUUCAAGUCGUCCACACCUAGAUUGCCUGACAAUAAUUCUACUCUGGGCCCGCCGUGGAAUGAAUAUACUCUCAAUUUGGAAAUUCCUUCUGAAGACUCAGAUGAUGAAGAAUCUGUACUGGAGAAAAGACAUGGCGACUCUCUACGAAAAUUACAUGCCGAGUGCGAAAGUCUGCGUGAAAGAUGCACUCAAUCUAAAAGACAUCUACAAGAGGCACGCAUACAAAUGAACAGUUCUCCAUCACAUCUAGACUUCCUUGAAAAUUCUCGCUACGAAUCCAGGAUCGAAGACGACCUAGACGAAGCUGACAACGAAUUAAGUGAUAUCAAGUGGAAGCAUGAUAUUUUGAACGAGUCUUUUGAUUCAGCGUACCAUACAGUGGCCAGUGGACGGUCCACAGGGUAUAGCACAAGGAGUCGUCCUACCUCCUCUCGAUCUCGGUACACAGAAAACAUCACACCAUCUGUUACCCUGUCCACUUCUAGGUUACUUGGAGAAGAUAUGUCUCCGGCAUAUACACCUAGGUCUCUGUACUCACAAGGAUAUGGAAGUGAUGACGAGUCUCCAGUAGAAGACUGCUAUACUCCAUACCAGAUCAAAUUGUCAAGUCACCCCAAAAAGAAAUCCUCGAUUCUGAUAAAGUCAAGAUUACCAAAGGCCCCAGAUUAUUCCAGCAAAAUUGAAUAUAGGGAGGACACAGAAGAUGUCGAACUUGAAAUGGAAAAACAACAUGGAGAUUUCUUGGAAAAAUGCAAGUCAGAUUUCUUGGCCAUCAGUGCCAAAAGCUUGGAGCUAAAGCAGGAAAUCCGUUGCUUGCGUAUGGAUAUGGCGUUACCCUCGUCCCAGAAGCAAGAGCCAAAGUUGUCUCCGGUGCCUGAGCGACGUCUGAAUAUGCACUACAAUCUAAGGAUCCCAAAACUCGAUACUGAUUUGGAUACUUGGACUGAGAAGGUCUCGCCAUACAACACAACUGAAAAAUAUGCUGACAAAUUGGAUUCUAAUGAGAAUGACGAUUCUAGCAUUACUUCCUUUGAAAAAGAGUUAUCAGUUGCAGAACAAAGUUAUGGAAACUUUUUAUCAAACAUGAAAUCUAACUUCGACACCCUAAGCGAAAAAAGCAUGCGCACAAAACACGAAAUACGGGCGCUUCGCCAAAGUCUGCGCAAUCCACCGAUGAACAAGGCAACUUGUAGUGGCCAAGUAUAUCGCCAGUCCUACUUCAACAUGCCAAUGGAAUUACACAGUUACUGAAACCUGGAGACAAGAGCUUGUGAAGCUUCAAAAUGGUGUGAAAUGAAUGACAUUUGACCCCAAAAAUAAUAACCUUUAAUUAAAUGGAAUCAGUUUGAAUUUUGCAACGUUUGCUUGGAAUCUGCUCCUUUUAAUUUAACAAACUCUUACUCUAAAGAUAUUUAGAGGAUAUAAUCAAUAUUGUAUAUAUAUAUUUGUUGUUUGCGUUUAUAUGUGAGGCUUGGUGAUGGGUUUCCAAAAUUGUUUUUUCCACAUUCCUCUGCUAUUUUCGUAAAUCAUGUGGAAAAUUUUUCGAUACAAUCCAAACUCCAAAGUUCUCAUCAUGACCAAUGACCCAAAUUGGUGAUUCCUUGUCCAUCCAAGACAAUUACAUUAUCUUACUUCUGAUCAAAAGGAUUUUAGGUACCAAAAUAAAUAUUUUACAACUAAUCACUUGCAUGUUUUGAUUAAGUAGAUUGUAGAAUUUCAAAUAAAGGUUAUGAAAAAUCAAAA